AUCCUUUAGCUUUAGCGAGAUUGGCAUCAUUUAUCGGUGCUUAACACAUAGUAAUAGUCAAUAUGGGCAGCCUCGGAGAACCGACCGUGUGCCAUGGCGCGUCUGUUCCGGACAUAACGACCAAGGGAUCAGAGUUCGAGUCCAUCGCUUCCUGGAGGGAACGAGUUGGUAUCAACACCGAUGCUCAGAUCCGGCUGGUCAAGCUGUCACAUAUGCGGUACCAACAUCCGGAUCUGGAUCAGAUUACUGUCUUUUUGAAGGACUUUGGCAUGCAGAUUGUCAAACAGACUGAUGACCAGAUUUGGUAUCGUGGCUAUGGGCCGGACCCUUAUGUUUACUAUGCGAGGAAGGGACCCAAACAAUUCCUGGGCGCCACUUUCGAGGUCGAGUCGUAUCAGGACUUGGAGAAAGCACUGCAGCUCCCGAAUGCCAGUGGAAUCAAAGAAUUGCUCGAUCAUCCUGGCGGUGGUCACUUUGUCACCUUCACUGACCCGGAAGGAUACCCUGUAAACCUGAUCCACGGACAGGCGCCAAGGGAGGCAGGAGAGUACCCAGAAAGGUUGAUUGUCAACUACGAGGCAGACAAACCUCGUCUGCGAAAGUUCCAUCGUUUCAAUGUUGGACCUGCACCCGUGCACAAGCUUGGCCACUUCGGAUACUGCGUACAGGACUUCCCCACCAUGCUUGACUUCUAUACCCGGAAUUUCAACCUCGUCCCGAGCGAUUUCCUCUACGUGGAAAAAGACGGCCAGAAAGUCAACGUCGCAGUGUUUGCCCACAUCGACCGGGGAAGCGACCCCGUUGACCACCAUUCCUUCUUCAUGAGCACGAACGAGACUUCUCAUGUUCACCACUGCUCCUUUGAAGUUCACGACUUCGAUACCCAGCAAUUGGGGCACUACUGGCUCGCAGGGAAGGGAUACAAGUCGGUGUGGGGCGUGGGACGGCAUAUUCUCGGUUCCCAGAUCUUUGACUACUGGUGGGACACGACUGGUAACAUGGUUGAGCAUUAUGCAGAUGGGGACCUGGUGACUGACGAGACGCCGAUCGGAUACGGUCCCGCUGGAGAUGAGUCGUUGGCCGUUUGGGGACCCGAUGUGCCGGCUACGUUCUUGAAAUGAUUGUACGACAUGUUAGUUUUUGUAAUGUGCCAUAGCUUAUACUUUUCUCCACGCAAUUCUUUGUAUCUCCUGAUAUCUUCGCUACUGGUCCUUUCAUAUCUGGCAUUAUAAUGGAUGCAAAUCAUUGGGUCAAGUUUUCCCCGCUCUCCCAACACAAAUCAACGAAUAUUAUGAACACCGGAUCUUACCCCUCAUUUUAUUAUGCAAUUAUUCUCGUAAUCAG